CAAGGUUGCUCUUCCUCACCCCCAAGGUUCCAUCUCCUGUGUCCCUGCCUUUGCGCGGGCUUUCCUCACAUCCCCUUUUGUCCGUUGCCGCUUUCUGUCGGAAGCUGGUCCUCAUGGCUUGCAUUCCUACAGCACUGCAUCUAUUUCUCUAUGUUGGCUUCUCGUAAACACGUAAGCUCCCAAGGCGGAGACUGGGUGGAUUUUGUUUUGUGUCCCCGCGCUUUAGCGCUGUACCCGGUGCAGCGCUUCAUGAAGACUGCUUGAUUUGCGGGGGUUUUUCCCCCCGGCAGCUCCUCUCAGCUCCCCCGCGACCCUUAGCCUGGACUCUCUGCUUGACUCCCACUGACUGGUCUCUGCUCUCCAGCAAAGUGUCAUCUUCUACCGUGAGUGGAGCCUAUCAAGUGAUCUCCGGAGUGAUUUGAUCCUCCUCCCACACUUGAGGACCCCUCCGCCCCUCCCGAAAGAUGUCCUCAGGCGCCUCGUUGAGACAGACGUAAAAUGCGUGCCCACUUCUAUCGGGGGAGACCCGGGGUCUCUUUCGGCCGCCGCCUUCGGCCCGAGUUAAUGUCAAGUCAAGCUCUUCACAUUUAAGCUUCUGCAAACUUCGUUAGGACCUUAAUUUCUCUCGUUGAUUCUCUGUCCGCAAAAUCGGGUCCCGUAAGUAGUUAGUAUCCCGAUUUCAGAGAGGGGAAACUGAGGCGUAAUUGUCUGCGACUAGCCCCGGAGCACAUAGCUGACUUGUACCGGACUCUUUACACCGCACUCAAACGGCUUCUAAUACAAUUUAAUCUAAACAAAAUAAUAAUCACGACAACCCAGAAUUGUGUCCUGGGGUUUUGUUUUGUUGGGGGAGGAGGAUAAAGAAAAAGGGAAACAGACCAGCGCGGGAAGUGACGUCACCGUUAAACCCCUGGAACUGUGGGGAAUGGAGUUUGUUAUGAACUCCGAAAACAACUACUACAAUAGAAGAUUGUCACGCUGAAAGGGUCUGAGUGCUUUCAGACUCUCGGCUUCCGGGCAUCUUCUGCAAAGCCGCUCUGCUUUAUGGGAAAUGUAGUUUACUUUCCCCGUCUCGGGUCGGAAGAAGACGCACGUGAGUGAGAAAGGAGAUUUAGUACCUCUCCCCGGGAGCAGGGCUUGAGUGCCAACGCCUCUUUCCCUCUUUACCAAUCUCGUUUUCCGGAGGCAAGAAUCCCCGGAGGAGGAGGCCGACCCUAUGAUCCAAUUAGCUUAUUAAGGAUCUGCGUGAGCGUCUCUGCGGAGAGACUGGGACUGCGCAUGCUCAGUAAGGGACGCAGGAAAACAUGGCGGAGCCCGAGGUCAGAAGAAAGAUCCCUUUGGUUCCGGAGAAUCUUCUGAAGAAGAGGAAAGCCUAUCAAGCACUCAAAGCUACUCAGGCUAAGCAAGCACUCUUGGAAAAGAGGAAGCAAAAAAAGGGGACUCAGCUCAAAUUCAGACGACUGGAAUCAUUUGUUCAUGAAUCCCAUCGUGUAUCCCGUGAUGUAGCUCGACUCAAGCGCUUGGUUUCAAAGCCUGGGUGUUAUGUGCUGAAGGAUGCACAUCGUCUGGCCUUUGUGGUUCGAAUGGAGAAGAUUAAUGGAGUGAGUAACCAGGUGACAAAGACAAUAGAGGAACUUCGUCUGAAGAAAAUUUAUAGUGGCGUCUUUGUUAAAAUCACCCCAGCUUCCUUAAAGAAGCUUCGAAUUAUAGAACCUUAUGUGGCUUGGGGAUAUCCUAAUUUAAAAUCUGUCCGUGAGCUUAUUCUGAAACGAGGACAAGCCAGGAUAAAUAAUAAGAAAGUCUCCCUAACAGAUAAUACUCUGAUUGAAGAACAUCUAGGGCAGUUCGGUAUCAUUUGCCUAGAAGAUGUCAUCCAUGAAAUCUGCUCAGUGGGGGAACAUUUCUCUCAGGUUUCGAGGUUUCUGUGUCCUUUCCCCCUGUCUGUGGCCUGCCAUGCUGCCAAGAACAGAGUGGGCUUUCUCAAGGAAAUGGGCAAACCUGGCUACAGAGGUGAAAGCAUCAAUCAGAUCAUUCGGCAGCUGAACUAGGUUGAGAAUCUCAGAAGAUUUCUAUCUUUUCUGAGUUUAUACUCAGUAUCUUCAAAGAAGAUUUCUUUUCUGAUGGAACUUUCUCCAAGAACUAAUGAGAUGAGAAGAAAAGAAUAUCACCUUAUGUAGAGGGAACUUCUCCAACUUCUAUACUUUUUCUCAAAGAAGAAACCAUAUUGGUUUGUCCAACCAUCUUCAUCUUGGAUUAAAGUCUCAUAACCAGUGAAGAGAAAUGACUGUACUUCAUAUUCUGGGAUUGGAAAUUAGUUUAAACCCAUUCCAGUUUUUUCAUGGUAGCCACCCAUCCAGAGAGCAAUCAGUUGUUGGCCAUGUGAUUCUCUACUCCGAGGGUUGAAUGUUAUAAAAUAUACUUUGUCACUCUGCUUAUCACUUGGAACAUGACAGUGGGACUUGAGUUGGGAUUUGAAAUUACUUUGGCCUAUCACUUCAUGAACUCUUUUAUAUGAUAACUUUGUGAUUUGUAGGUCCUACCUAGCAGAUAUGUUAGGUAGGUUUCCCAUGCCUCAGUACCACUUUAAUGCCACAACUCUACACCAAGUCCUCUUCCUGCCAUUAGAGAUAAUGACUAUAGUCUUACUAAUUUAGCCCUUUCUUUGACAAUAGGGAUCAAAUUAACAUUGACUGGUUUUUUAUUACCUUUAUUUUAUGGUCUUCCUUUGCCCCUUACUCCCCUCCCUCCCCCCCCCCACCCCCCAAUCUAAGGUAAUAACUAAAUCUUAAAAUAUUCACGUGAGGGGCAGCUGUAUAACUUGACCAAAAUCACCUUACUAGGAAAAAUGUCUAAAGUAACUGUUUAAACGCAGGUCUUCCCAUUCAAGAUCACCAUCUAUAACAACACACAAGGCAGAGAGGUUUUAGCCAAGAUUUCACAUAGGGUCUAAGUCAUUAAGCCCACCCUUAUGUGUCUAUGAGAGGAGGAAAAGAAACAAGUGUUAAUCACUUACGUGUUGAACAUUUUAUAACUGUUCUUUUUUGGGUUUGUCUUGAAAACAUCAUAGGAACUUUAUUCCCUUUUCUAGGCAGCUUUUGAAUCCGUCUCGCUUUCUGGUACACUAAAGAUGCAGACUAGACGGGCACUUGAGAAAGAUAAAGCAACAGAAUUCUUACCUAGCCUGUCAUUUUGUGAAGUCUGGUGAUGAAUGCAUUAUAUAUAAAUAUUUUUUUUUUUUUUACAAGAAACCAGUUACCAGUUGUUCUCUUUUCAAUGAAAAAGAAUAAGCAAGUUUGAAUUUUUGGACUUUUAAAGCCUGAUGGAAAAUUAAGUGGGUUUGUGCUAAUUUUAUGGCUGCUAAUGGUUUGAAACUAAGUGGGGAAUUAAGCCAAGGACUCCUCUUUCCCAGUUUAUACCACUUUCUGGGAACUGUCUGGCAUACUUUAUUUUUUUUGCUGAGGCACUUAGGAUUGUGACUUGCCCAGGGUCACACAGCCAGGAAGUGUUUAAGUGUCUGAGUCCAAAUUUGAACUCAUGUUCUCCUGAUUUUGGGGCUGGUGCUCUAUCCACUGUGCCACCUAGUUGUCUCUAUCUGAGAAACUUUUGUUAGCGGUCCCUGUCUUUUCAAAUCUCAUCAAUUUAAUGGCCAUAUUAAAUUAUAUAACUAGAAAUGCAAAAGGAUGCCAUUUUUACUAAUUGAAAUGAUUUGUGCAGAUUAAAAACUUCCCAUA